AUGCAUGAACACAAAGCGGAGCUACGGCUGAUAACCGUUGCACUUAAUGAGGCAUCCACCGAUUCCCCCUCUUUUAGAGCUUCAGUUAAUUAUUUCCAUACCAGAAUGGAGUCCCUGAGUGGUUGGAUGCACGGCACUGUGGAUUAUGUGGAAAAUACGUAUAAACCUUCGUUUCAAGACUUCCAAAGAAUAAAGGAAACGCUAUUUUCACAGCUGCUCCCUUCUCCAAUAUUACUUUCUAAUGGAUUUGUCAGUAACCAACCAUAUACUCCCUUGCUUGUAAGAGACUUUACUAGAGAUAUCAGCGAUCUUUCAAACACGGUUAUGAAAAUAAUUUUAGGUGACGAAAACUCUCAGUACACGACGGCAUUGUCAGCCUUAAGUUCGGAUGCUAUCAACCCUUAUUUUAGCAAGAGAAAAACUUUUGAAUACUACCAAAGGAAGUACGAUUCAUUUGUGACAGACUUUUUGGCCACUAAUACUGAUGGCAAUAUUUUAAGCCCACAAAAUCUUCAGAAUGAAACAUUUAAGUUAUUUGAUAUUAAACACAAAUAUGUAGAAGCUUCAUUAGAUUUAACUGAAGCUAUAUCAUUAAUGAAGGUCAAUUUGGAUAAAUUUCUCAUAGAGACAAUAGACAUUGUGCGCAAAAACAACGUUAUUACUACCAAAGAUACCAAGGACGUCAUCGAUAUUACUCCUGAGCUUACGGAAACAUUGAAAGAUUGGACUGAUUGGAUAGAAAGUAACCUUCAAACUUUACAAGCCUUAUCAUCCAAGCUAUCUGAAGCUAAAUAUGCCAUCCUCAAACUUAGCUUGGCAAGAUUGAAGCCAUCUCGUUUGGUACAAGAUUAUGAUUUGAAAAACAUACAAAAUUUGAAGUUUAACCCUCCAAAAUCGAUAAGUGAUAAAAAUAUCCCCGAGGAAAAGGGGCUAUCAGGUUGGUUGUACAUGAAAACUACCGUUGGUCAUGAUCCUAAAAGAGUUGUGUGGGUAAGAAGAUGGUGCUUUUUACAGAAUAACGUUUUUGGAGUUUUUUCGCUCUCGCCUAGCAAAACCUAUGUUGAAGAAACUGAUAAAUUUGGUAUACUAUGGAUCACUGUAGAAUAUUUGCCAAAAGAAUCUAGAAAUUUCUGUUUCAAAUUGAGGAUUCAAAAUCCUAAUUGCAAAACAAAUGAAGAAAAUACAUAUAUGGAUAUCGUCCUACAAGCUGAAAAUAUUGGCGAGUUAAAAUCAUGGAUAAACACCUUGAACUUCCAUAAAGCAUUUGCAUCGUCGAUAAAGGAAGAAAACGAUCCUCGUUAUCAAUUAGCGAGGAAAAAAAUUGAACCUCAAUUUUUCGAGUUUGCUUCAAGUAGCACAACCUCAACAGAUAAAUUAUUGACUUCCUUUUCGAGUAAUACUCUGACAUUGGUAGAAGAGCUAAAAAAAAAUUAUAUGUCGGAGGAUGAUAUAUAUUCUAUCAUUGAUAAUAAGGCAUACCACUUAAGAGUGAUAUCUACACCGAUAGCCACACAAUUGACUCAUUUGGCUUUAUUCUCGACAUUUUUAUCUGUAUCAAAUUAUUAUCCGUGCGCUACCCAUGCAAACACAUGGGGCACAGCAAAUUGGAAUGAUUUGUCUUAUUUAGUCAAUCCGCUUGAAGGAAGUUCAUUACACAAGCCAACCACAGUAUCAAGUACUUCUAGAUUUUCCGUUAGCUACCCUGACUAUUAUCCAUAUAGUUUAAAAGUCGAUGAUAUACAGUUUAGAUCGAUUUUCUUCUCAGUGAAUUAUGAUUUUUUACAGGUCCCAAAUGAGCUGGUUCUUUUAAGAUAUUCAUCCGUGUGGUGUCCAAACAAUAAACAAAAGUUUGCAUCUAUGGCUUUUGUCACUCUUAACCACAUUUACGUCUAUUUAAAUAUUUCAGGUUUUUCAUAUUUGAGAAGAAUAGAUUUACUAGAUAUUGACUCAAUUGAAUAUGAUAAGAGCCCCAAACAUGUUUCUUCAAGAAUGCUGCACAUGCAAAGAGGUGAUGGGAUUAGGUUCAAUAUGUCCGUAUUUUUUACAGAUCGAAGGGCAGUUGCCUCAAAAUUACAGUUUCUGAUAGAAAAUAAGGCAAUGCAUAUCCCAAAGGGCGAAAAGGAGGUUUUAGAAAUAUUCCAGAAGUUAGAUGAAGAGAUUGAUAAUGAGAAGAAACUUAUCAAGAAUAAUUUGUCAGAAUCAGAGCUCCAUUCAAAAGAUUACCAUCUCUUGAAGAGCACGUAUGAUCGUCACUUUGAAAAUACUAACGAAACACCGAUGGAACUGAUGAGCAGAAAAGUCCGUCUAGAAAAGGAAGCCUGGUGCUAUUUUCAAGACAAUUUUAAAGUCGGAAGUAAGACGCUAUUCCACAUUCUUUUUGGAGACAAAUCUCGAAUUUUUCCCGGUUCACUAUUUCUUUGUAAAAAGGGCAGUAACUUGAAUAACAAUUCAUACUGGGAGCGCAUUAGACGCGCAAAAGAGGAUACCAGUUGUCAAUUUGAACUUGCUCGUAAGUUACAAUUCCAAUUAAACCGGACCUCUAAUUUUAUCAAAGAUCUGUUAUGGUUGAAGGACGACAAUGACAACUUCAAGUUAGUUCUCGAGCAACGCGUGACAAAGAUAAAACAAAGUUAUUAUUAUGAGGUGGAUGAAGGUCCCUUUAUUGUGAAAUUUCCCCUAUGCCACCCUUUACUCAUCCGUGUAAAGUUCAUAAUUGCAGAAUGUAUCACCUCUCAAGGAGGAUCUCUAAAAAAAUGUGACCUGACAAUUCUGUAUACCUUCAAGUAUGUUGAGUCUAUUGAUAAACUGGAUACAAAAGUUGAAAAGUUAUGGCUUUUUGAAAGUAUACAUCUUAACUGGGCAUUGAGAUAUUGUAAACUUGAGCAUUCUGAAAUUAUCAAAAAGACCAGGGAAUAUCUAAAAAAAUUCAAUGAUAGAGAAAAGAUGAGUAACGUCAUUAAGUUGUGCGGGUUCCUUGGUGUUUUACCAAAGGAAAGAAUAGAAGGUGAUAAAAAGGCCGGCGAUUUUAUGCAACCUGUAUAUAUCAAUUAUGAUUUUCUAUCUCUUUCAAAGAUUCUUAUCAAAUUGGCCGUUUUCUAUUUAAGCAGCGUUACCAUCAAGACAACGAGAGUUUUAUUGGCAAUAGUAAUGGUAAUCUUCAAAUGUUUUACAAAAGUUAAUAAAACUUUGUAUUAUGGUCUUUUGAUAUCUGCAUUAACCAAUCUGUUCUUUGUUGGUAAAUCCAUUCAUUCAUAUUUCUCAGUAAAGUCCGCAGAAAAUCUGUUCCAGAACUAUGCUAAUGGUGAUCAACGAGGGCUUCAAAUCAUGCAUCGGUCCUUGACAGUGCCUGAUUUGAACUUACUAACAAAAAAGAUGAUGGAUAACGAUCAAGCCAAUCCAGUAUUCAAGAGAUUUGACGAAGAUAAAAAUGCAUACCAGUACAAAGGAACAAGGCAAGAAAUUGCAAUUAAACGAAAUCAAGUGCUGACGGAAUUAAAGAUUCUACAAAAUACGGAAAAGGAGCUCGUACAAGGAAGUUACAGGAAGUUCCUAAUAACAGAAAGAGACAAAUGCUUUACCACACAGAAUGAAAUGCCUGAUUUGUGGAUAAACGAUACUAAAUUACAAGAUUAUUGUAUGGCAUGUUUUGCAGAGUACGACAGAUUGUCUGCCAUUCCUGUUUGA